AUGGCAGCAAAAUCAUCACUCCUUAAAGUAAUACUGCUGGGAGAUGGUGGAGUGGGGAAGAGUUCCCUUAUGAACAGAUACGUCACCAACAAGUUUGAUGCACAGCUCUUUCAUACCAUAGGUGUGGAAUUCUUAAAUAAAGAGUUGGAAGUUGAUGGACAUUUUGUUACAAUGCAGAUAUGGGACACAGCAGGUCAGGAGCGGUUUAGGAGCUUGCGGACUCCUUUCUAUAGAGGUUCUGACUGUUGCCUGCUAACCUUCAGUGUGGAUGACUCUCAAAGCUUCCAAAACUUAAGCAACUGGAAGAAAGAAUUCAUUUAUUAUGCGGAUGUCAAGGAGCCUGAAAGUUUUCCAUUCGUGAUACUGGGUAACAAAGUUGAUAUUGAUGAAAGGCAGGUGUCUACAGAAGAGGCCCAAGACUGGUGCAGGAAUAAUGGCAACCAUCCCUAUUUUGAAACCAGUGCAAAGGAUGCCACUAAUGUUGCAGCAGCGUUUGAGGAAGCUGUUAGAAGAGUUCUAGCCUCUGAAGAUAGAUCAGAUCACUUUAUUCAAACAGAUACCGUAAACCUCCAUCGGAAACCCAAACCCAAUUCGUCUUGUUGUUGACUGAAAUUUCUUUUUGCCAAAUUACUGUUGACUAGCUUGCUCUAUAAAAGGAUGGGGAAGGUGUAGUAGAUAAAAUAACAAAUGGGUUUCACUCUGAUGUUAAAAUUGUAAUAUUCUGCUGCUUUCAUGGGGGAGCAAAAGAAGAAUUUCCAUUCAUGAGUGACCUGUUACUGAAUUAGUGACACCUUCUGGUUAGGAAGAUGUCAAGUAAAAACAUAAGAAUGUAAUUUGCCAACUUUAUUCAAAUGAUAAAUACUUUGAAUAUAAUUAAAACUUGAAAGUUCUAGAAGCACUACUUUGGAAAAACUGUUCUGGAAUUCAGGCACAAAGAUACUUUUAUAUGUGUAUAUUUUUAUGAAAUUGGCAUUCCGUUUUUGUUUCAUUAGACAUCAGUUUCUUAACAAUGCUAGAUAUUAAACUUCAGUCUCACUACA